CCCGUCUCGUCUCGUGCAGCAGCCGGUGGAGGGCAAGUCUACUGGACAAGCGGCGGAACUGGAAUUUCCACCACACUCCUUCUAUUCUUUCUCUUUUCCUUCUCUUUCUCCUCUUGCAGCUGCUACUACCGUCCCUACUACGAGGUUUGCGAGAAGGGAGAUCAGUGGGUGAGACUGUCUGUGGACUGCGCGUGGGAACCGUGCAACUGCGCGUGCGCGCUGGCGACGCCGGGUCGGUGGCACCGUCAGGGCUCCGGCACUUUCUUGUGAGAGUGCGGCGUGACACGCACGUACAGCGGCUCUCUCCUCAUCCCUCCUGGCCUCCUGGCACCCAGCACCGAGGACAUCCCCUAGUCCUACGCUUUCCGGGGAUGCCAGACUCGCACCCACCGUCUGCCAGUGACGUCACGAGAGCAAGGACGCUCCGGGGAUCCGCCCUAAGGUGACUGCCAGCAACCUGCUUCAUUUCAUCGGUCGUCAGCGCUAUCGCCGCUACCUGUGGACCGUCUAGACUCGUGGGUGGCCCCGAGCACCAGCAGCAGGUGCAGGACAAAGACUUAAUCAAUCAGUCAAGUGAACAUCGUCGGUGUUGGUGUCGUCAAGAUGAGCAGCGUGGCCGACGAUCCUGUUGCGAUGUCCUGCAGCCAAGCGGUUCUGGAAGAGUUUCAGUCGGACAGGGUGGGUCUGACGUAUAACCGCCCUUCAGACUUUGUCACCUGUCAGUGGCCCUGCAGGCAGCGGUGGUACCUGGUGUACCGGGUGGUGGCCAGCGUCCUGCUCACCAGCUGGGCCAUCGGGGACGUGGCGUACGAAACUCACGAGUUUUACGGAGGGACCAUCGGCCGCUGGUUCAUCUUCGCCACCAACUGGAGUUUCCUCCUCCUAACCUUGACUACCAUCUUCCAGGCCCUCAUCAGCGGCAUCUUUGCGUGGAAACAUCAUUGGAUUGUAGACCCUCAAUACUGUCGCAGCAUGCCGGUGGUGCUGAGGAUGCAGUGGGCGAUGCAGGCGCUGGCCUACAACUCGGCUGUCGUCGUCACCGCGGCCUACUGGCUCUUCAUCUCCCUCUUCGCUGACGAGCCACUCCUGAAGACGAGCAUGAGCGAGAUGAAACACUCGGCCAACACCCUGUACGUCCUGGUGGACCUCAUGGUCAUCGCAGCCCCCGUCCGCCUGUUCCACAUGUUCUACCCUAUCGGCCUCGGCUCCUGCUACGUCAUCUUCAACUCCCUCUACUUCCUGCAGGAAGGCACCAUCUACAUGGCGCAUGCGCCACCGGAAGCCAGCAAGUACGCCUACAACUUCAUGAACUGGAAGAAACCUGUUGAAGCGAUUAUCACGUGCGUGCUGGGCGUGUUUCUGAGUGUUCUUGCUCAGAUCACACUCUUUCUCUUCUUCCGUCUGCGUGUAUGCAUCUGGCAGAAAGUCUGUGAUGGCGACGCCUCCAGGAUGGAAUCGGAAUUGCAAAAUAUAGUCUUGUCGCAUUCUAGCAGCUACAACACUAUUGACGACGCCAUCGAAGACAAAAAAACCGUUUUCGAGAAGACGAUAGAUUGAUGAUAACGUAUACAAAGUUAACACUAGGGAAAACGCAUCUUUCUCCUCUAUCUGUGUUAAAAAUAUCCAUUUCUUUUUUCUUUUUUUUUUUUUUUUUUUUUUUUUGUUCAUAAAAAUGUCCCCUUGGACAGAUUACUUGGGCGGAGUUUGUAUGCGUUCAUACAUCAGAAAAGUCAGAGUGUAUUGAUUACAGAAAUCGAGCUUGUUCACAGUAGUACACGUCCUUCCUUGGUUCCCUUUGAGAUCCCUCUUGUCGAGCUUACAAAAUGAGUAGACACCACGACAGUCGCACCGAGGAAGACACACGAAAAAACUAAGGAUUAUUUAAAUAGUUAUUCACGCUAUCAUUUGUUUGACAGACAUCGGAGAAAGAGAAAGAAGCAAAACUAUUAAUACAGCAGAAAGUAGCCAUGACCUUUGACCAGCUAACGGGAGGACUACAAAUAUUGAGUGGACAGUAGGAGCACUCCCUUAGCCUUGCUAAUUAUCUUUAGAGUAAUACUCCUGCUUCGAAUUGUUCAACUUUACUGAUUAGACUAAAGCAGCAAUACCAAAACAUUUUUCUUUUUGUAGCUAUGCACAACGACGGAUAUAUCACCAGUACAGGAUAGAGUGUGGAUAUUCAAAUACUUCAUAAACGUUUAACCUUUUUCUUACCUGUGAUUGUUUCCCACUCCCCAUAGAGGCCCCUUAGCUUACCGAAUGAACUUUCAACCUUUGAACUGUAACUUUGAGCUGCGAGCUUUGUUAAAGGUCUGUGAAAAUGUGCAUGGCAUGCCGAAUUCCCAGGUUAAAGUUUAUUUUGUUUGAACUGCAUUAUUAUUGCUAGAGGAAAUGCUUUCAAUGAAAACAAACAAUGGCUUACUCAGUAUAUCCUUGUACUUAGCAGAGGUUCAUAUAAUGUGGUCAGUAACACUUUCUUUCGUCAACAAAGGUCAACGACAAACUAACAGAAAUUCUAAACUUUUAUGAUGAGGUCUUGCAGCUUUGAAGAUGCUCUAAACCAGCUACAGUUUGUAAUGCCUCCCUUUGUGAGGAGGGACCAUGGUGUGCCCCACAACUGCCGAGUAAGAUAUUCCAUUGUGUGUAGUCGCCGUAGGAUAAACUCAAUAUUUGUUGUCCUUGUGUUGGAUCUUCCAUUCUGCCACUUGCCUUCGGUUUCGCAUUACGUUGCCUUUUCACACAUUAUCUGCUUUGCCUUUCAACGGUCACUGAGUAUGGCUAGAGGGUCCGCUGAUGGUAGAGGACCGAAGAUGAAAGUUAGAAUGUGGGCCGUGCGCAUGUUUGGUGUGAGUGUGUGCGUCAGUCUGUACAUGUUAGGCUUCGGUGCUCCAUUCCAAAUUUCGUUCGUGUGUGUGUGUGUGUGUGGUACGCAGGUUGUCGGUAAGCCAGCCUCAUUGACAUCAAGUGCUUCAUGUCUCGGUGCUUACAAAACAUACAUUCCACACUCCCCCUUCCUUCCUUCUUCUUGCUGAGAAUAAUUCGUCGGUGUGUACUGUUUUGGUACAUUUCAAUGUAACGUCUGCAUCUUUAAAAUUGAUGUUGUAUAUAUUGCCAUUAAAUCCUCUUUUGGAUUACUUAAUGUGUAAAUUAAAAAAUUCGGGGCGCAGACAUUUUUUUCUGAGUUCCAGAUUUUCUUCCCUCAACUUGUAUUAUUCUUCUUCCCUAAUUGUUAGAAAACUUGGCCUUAGGUGCAUGUUCAUCUUCUGUGCUGGAAGACUUUUACUGGACUCAUAAGACGACGAUGGUAAAAUCUUUACCAUUACCAAAAGCA